AUGAACGGUGCGAAGUCGGAUGAUCCAAUCCAAAGCGCUGAAGAGAACAGGGUAGAAACCAAAGAGGAUGGUACUGGAAUUGUGCAGGUACUCUCUGCGGUAAAUGAGGUCCCAGAUGGAGGAAAAGAAGCUUGGCUGGUAGCAGUCGGAGCAUUCUUUUUGGCGCUUUGUACAUUUGGAUAUUUCUAUUCGUGGGGAGCCUACCAAGCCUACUAUGAGACUGUCCUCUUGCCUCACAACACACCUUCGCAAAUUGCUUGGAUAGGAUCUCUCCAGUACUCCUUGGUUUUUCUCCCGGGAAUUCCUGCUGGUCGCCUUUUCGACCUUGGAUACUUCAAGCAAACAUUAGUAUGCGCGUUGGUGUUAAUGAUAAUUGCCGAUUUCUUGACUGCAGAAUGCACGAAGUAUUGGCAAUUUAUCCUGUGCCAGGGUCUUCUACUCGGAGCGGCAUCCGGAUUCAUAUUUAUAGAAUGCAUUACUGUUAUCUCCCAUUGGUUCAGUAGCCGCAAGCCUCUCGCUUUUGCAGCAGUUUCCUUCGGCGGCUCUUUGGGAGGUAUCAUCUAUCCUAUAAUGAUACGCACCAUGCUCCUCGAAGUAGGAUUUAAAUGGACUGUACGAACAAUAGCGUUCAUAAAUGUCGCUGCCUCUAUAUUUGCAGUGUUUACAAUGAACAGUCAUCUUCCCGCUGUGACUUCGCUUCCGAAGCUCUUGGACUUUCAUACGCUUGCGUCACCCGGUUAUGUUCUAUAUGUUGCCUCAACAUUCCUCGCUUUCUUGGGGUUAUAUACUCCUCUUACAUUUCUCACCGUGAGCGCCGAAGCUAUUGGCAUGAAUGCAAACCUUGCAUUCUACUCCGUCUCGCUUGCCAACACCGCCUCUGCCGUUGGCCGCUUAAUAAGUGGAGCAGUUGCAGUCCGCUAUGGCUCCAUGAAUGUAAUAAUAAUAUGUACAGCAAUGGCCGCUGUCUGUACAUAUGUCUGGCCCUUCUUAUCGACGGAUGGUGCAUUCAUCACUGUGACAGUUUUGUAUGGGAUUACAUCAGGGGCUUUCAUCUGCCUCGUUGCUGCACCUGUCGCAUACUUUGGCGCGAUUAAUGAUGUUGGUCGGCGAACAGGCUUGCAGAUGACUAUCAUGGCUAUUGGUGCUCUUAUAGGGCCGCCCAUUUCUGGAGCGAUAAAAGAACAUCACAGCAGCUUCCACGAAGUCGGUAUUUUCGCAGGAACUGUCAUUCUCACGUCCAUCUUUCUUAUGCUAUCAAGCAAAUUCUACAUUUCACAUAGUAUAAUAAGUGGGAAAUUUUGACUUCUCCACUGAACACGUCAAGGUUGAAGUAAUGAUAUCACAAAUGUUCUUUCUAACCUAAAUCAAGCUAUGCUGAGCUUGCUUACUGGUUUGGUACAUUUGUUGAGCUAUAUAACUGACCAAGACCUAGGUAUUGUUCAUAAGGAC